AUUUAAUCGCUUACAUGUGUCGCAUUGUGUGAAAUAUAAAAUAAGCAAUAAGAACAUACAAUAAAUUAUUAAAAAUAAAAAAUUGUUAUUUACAAUAAUUUAUUACUCUAUAUUGUUUAAUUAGGCAAAUAUAAAUAUUUUAAUUAAUGUAUAAAUAAAUAUUAUUACGAUCUACUUCUUAAUAAAUAUUAUUCAUAAGUUAGACAUCUCUACAGAAGAAUAUAAAUAAUAUUAUAACUUUUCCAAAAUAUACUGUACAUAUUGUACAUACACAUGCACAUUUACACUGUUUUUGUACUAAACGAGAUGUUCAAUUAUAGUCCAUGAUUCAGUUAUUUGUGUCAAACUGUUUUUAAAGCUGCCUAGUAAAUAAUAACUAUACAUUUAUAAAAUAUUAAACUUAUGAUUUUGUUCGUUAUAAUACUGUUCUUCGUCAAUGCAAAAAUGAAAUUUUCACUUAAUUUCACAAUUUUCGGAUGUCCAAUUUUAUAUUGAUAUAGCUGUAGCUCUAACAGCUGCGCUUAACAAAGGAUUCGGAUCUGGUUCUUCUGUCAGGAUAUUAACUUUUACCCAUUCUCGUCGUUUGUUGCUUUGUCGCAACGCAUCAAUAACUGCUUGUACAUAUAAACCAUCCUCGAAUGAUGAUGCAGAGAACACCGGUUCUUUUAUCCAACCUUUCUUAUCUUCAACAGAUUGAAAAGCUUCUCUUAAUGCAGCGAUCAUUUUCCUUAAUCCUUUAAUAUACGGUCUUGGUAUAGAAUCAGCAAUCGGAAAUGAUAUAUCUUGCAAAUCAUCUGUAUCGUGAUAUAACAUCUCUUCUUGUCCGUUAUGACAACCAUGCAAAUCUCCACCACGUACCAGAAGAUGAUUACCACCUCCACAUAUCAAUACUUCCUGAGAUAAUUGACCCUGUAAGUGGUUACUCAAUGUUGCUGUCACUAAUGUGCCACCGCUUAAUUCCAUUUGAAAACUGCAGAAAUCUGGCGACGUGACGUGCCUAAUUCCGUUUAUAUGUUUUGUAGUUUGCAUGAAAGUUCGUACCACGGCAUGUACUCUCGAGGCACGUUGGCCAAUUAAGUGAAAGAUCAAAUCGAUCACAUGACUUCCAACUAGAGCUAAAAUUCCUCCUCCCAUCGUGUCGUCACAGUAAUAUUCUAACCAUUGUGCAAUAAACUGCCCAUAUGUACUCUAACUUCUAUUACAUUUACAGGACCAUUUAAGUACCCUUCUUCCAAGGCUUUCUUCAUGUGAACAAAUGCUGGCAAAAAUCUUAAACUAUGAUUAACAAUGCUGAUUAAGGAAGGAUAGUACUGUGCAGCACGCACCAUUUUUAGAGCUUCACUUUGACUCAGACCAGCUGGUUUGUCACACACAACGUGCUUUCCUAUUCCUAAUGCUUUCACUGCAAUCUGCGCAUGCAAGCUCGGAGAACACAUGAUGAAUAUCAAAUCAACAUCCUUCCUAAGAAGUACGUCAUCAAUUCGACUGGUAUGAAACGGUAUCUCAAGAUCAGUUGCAACCUCUGACACUUCUGCCAGUGUGCGUCCCCAUAUAGCUUCAAUUCUGAAGCCUUUCUCUCUUAAAAAGGGAAUGAUUAUUCUGACAAUGCUCCCUGUACCGAACACUCCAAUUCCAGGCAAUGUCAUUGUUGUUGAUCUUUAUGACUUAAAUUAUAUGAAACGAUACCAAUGACAAUACUCAAUCUUGAUUAAUAUCUUAAUUAACUUUAACGACGGUGUUCCUUCCUGAUGAUAUUUCUUUUUACUUCUUGAUUCAGCGAAAAUUUGUACAAAAUUUCACAUUGUAACAAAAUGCAAACACAUCGUGCUGUAUAUUUCAUGCUUUGAGGUUGGUAUUUCGCGUAACAGUGUGGUUCUAUUUAACGUAUCGUUAGAGACAUUUUUUUCUUAAUGAAAAAUAUGCAAGUUGUACGAAUAAUGAAUAUGAUCACUCUGUAAUUAGUUGUUAAACCAUUUAGAAAUAUUCGCUCGUACAAUGGCAGACAAGUACGUUUUCAACAUUGUUGCGUUUUAUUAGAUAGUGAUACCUAAAUUAUUGUUAAGGCUAACAAUUGAUCGUUACGAUUUGCUUAAUUUGUAAUUUAGUCUUUAAUCGAUGAAUUUUCAUUUACGAAAUAGUGCGUUUAUGCUUGGCGCGACACUUUAUUCAACAUAGCUUGUCGGACGGAUAUUCCGAGCAAAGUGUCAAGUUUUAUUUACUUUUUUUAUUAUUGAUUUGCCGGGGAGACCCGAAGACAGAGCCGAACGUCACGACGAUCAUGCCCUGCGCUACCCUGUCAGUUUGAUUUGCGCAAAUGUGAUAGGUGUUUGCUUGUCACAUCCGCUCCUUACAAUUAAAUAUUUAAACAUGUAAAUAUGCAAUUACAUUGCAUAAAUCAGUGGUUACAGAGCUGUUUUUUAUUUUGACUUUUUUGCAUCUACACGAAAAUAACGAAUCCUUAAGAGUAUAAAAAAAAUGUCGGAAAUUCGUAAAAGAAGAAUCGGGGAUACGGCCGAAACGCGGGAUGUUAGUGAUGAUCAGAAAGAAGAUGUGGAAUCUGAAGAUGAUGCAAAGUUGGAAGUUGAGGAAUUGGCUAAGGCUAUACAGCAAGGAACAGAUCAUACUCCUCAUAUUUUGGAUUCAGCACUUUCUGGUUUAUCUGAACGACAUUAAUUGUACAAGUAAAAUGUUUCCAAGAAAUCAUUAACAUUGGGUAUGCAGUUUACAGAAUUCAUGGUUUACCAUGGUUCAGAUCUUUAUCGUGGUAUUUCUUAAUUACUUCUAAUUAUUUCUUUUAUGGAGAAAAUUUAAUGGACUAUUUUGCUGUGGUAAUUAAUCGUACAGAAUAUUUACGCGUACUUGUUACGUAUCAUCGUUUCAUUUCAUUUUGUCUAUAUAUCGUUGGUUUUGUAUGGUUUGUAUUGUCACUUGUAAAAAAGUAUUAUAUGAAACAAUUUUCUUUAUUCGCUUGGACUCAUGUUGCUCUACUCAUUGUUGUUACACAAAGUUAUCUUAUAAUUAAAAAUAUUUUUGAAGGCUUGAUAUGUAAUAAAUGAUGUAAUGGCAUACAUGUUUGGUUUCUUCUUUGGUAAGACACCUUUGAUUAAAUUAUCACCAAAAAAGACUUGGGAAGGCUUUAUAGGUGGUGGUAUUUCAACAGUCUUGCUUGGUUUACUGAUAUCUUACCUCAUGUGUCAGUAUCGUUACUUUGUUUGUCCCAUAGAAUAUAGUGAAAUUUUAGGACAAAUGACUAUGGAUUGUGAACCAUCUCCUUUGUUUCAACUUCAAGAAUAUACUUUACCUAAUAGCUUGCAAGUUGUAUGGAAAAUGUUUAGUGGGAAGUCCACCCUAACUCUUUAUCCAUUUUUACUUCAUUCAUUAUCAAUGUCAGUAUUUAGUUCUGUAAUUGGACCAUUUGGAGGUUUCUUUGCUAGUGGUUUUAAAAGAGCAUUCAAAAUUAAGGACUUUGGAGAUAUUAUUCCUGGUCAUGGAGGAAUAAUGGAUAGAUUUGACUGUCAGUAUUUAAUGGCAACAUUUGUAAAUGUUUAUAUAUCUUCAUUUAUUCAAACUUCUUCACCUCAGAAACUUCUGCAACAGGUAAAUAUUAAAUUUUCGAUCACCUUUAUUAUUUUAUUAUUUUGAAUAUAAGAUUCUAAUUAUUAAAAAAAUUAUAUGUUAAUUAUUAUACAGGUUUAAUUAAUAUUUCGUAUUGUUUUUUGAAUGAUUCCAAUUAAAUAUAAGCGUAAUUAAAAAUUAAAAACUAUAAUAACUAAUAUAUAUAAAAUAAAAAUUUUUCAUUGGUACAAAUGUAUAUUAUUUUUAUAAAUAAAAAUUAAUAUAAAAUAUAUUUAUUAUAUUAACAAUGUAUAUGUAUAGUAUAAUAUAAUAUAUAUAAUAUAUAGCUUGUUCUAAAUCUUUAUUAUUUACAUUUGUAAUUAUUUUAUGUGCAGGUUUAUAGCUUAAAACCAGAGCAGCAGUUGCAAUUGUUUCAAACUUUAAAAGAUUCCUUACAAAACAGAGGUUUAUUGAAUGUCUAUUGAUGUUCUAGUAUUAAUGGUAAUUAUUAAUAAUCAAUAGAAUUAUUUUAAAAUUGCAAAAAAAUGUUAGAAAUAACAUUUAUUUGGCUAUUGUGUAAUGUAUGUUUAUGCAAAUGGCAUUAACAAUAUUAAUCAUAAUGCAUAUGUCAUGUAAACAGCAUUAACAAUAUUAGUCACAGAUAUACUACAUUAAAUUAUAUUCAAAGAAUUUAUUUUAUAAUUAGAAAUUAAGAAACAUGCAAUAUUUGUAGUUCUUUUGCAUUCCGCAUUAAAUAGUCCAUUUUCUACCAAAAAUUUUUAUUAUACUGUGAUGAUAAUAGAAAUUUGACUACCUAUUUCUUUUAUAAUAAUUAAACCAAAGAAUAUUGUGUGUUAUAAAAAACAAGCUUCCAAUUUCUUAUAAAUAUUUAAAACGACCAUUAAAUAUUUUUUAAAUGUUUUUCUUUCAUAAAUUAUAUCGUAGUAAUGAAUUUAUUAAUGAACAUAAAUUUUAUGUAAACAUUUACUCAAGAUUACAUACUUAAUCAAUCAGAUCUCGAUAUACUUAUAUAUUUUUAAAUCCUUAUUGUGCAUUUAAAAUUAUAGAUAUGAGUAUCUUUCAUAAUAUAUAUUUUAAGAUAAUAAAUAUGAUUUGUAAGUUUUAUUUAGAACGUCAAUAACCUUAAUUAAGUAGACAACAUUAAUUGUCUUAUAAAAUACUUCGUUAAUUAGUUACCAGUUAUAUAAUAUGUAUUCAUCUAUUUAUAAUUAAAAGCAGUUAACGAAUGUUAAUUACUUUUAAUGAUAAAUCAUAUUUUUAUUAGAAUCAGUGCCAUGCUGUCAUACAAGUAUUCAGAUAGAAAUAUUUUGUACUUGAUGUUAGGUACAAAACAUUUUCAAAGAAUAUAAUUUAAAUAAAAUAGAAUAUGUUAUUAAUAUUCUUUUAUCAAAUUGUUGUAACUAUUUUUGUAUACAAUACUUACUUAAUAUGAUGGCACUGAAUAUUAUUUUACUUUAAUUAUACAUAGAAUUUUAUAAAAGAAAAGAUAAACAGAGUUAAUUUCUGCUUAUCCUCAAUUUUAUUAUAAACAAAAAUUAAGUGGAAAUGUAACUGUUCUUCACAAUUUAGUAUUUUUAUUAUAUAUUUUAGUAUUUUUUAUUAUAUAUUUUAAAUAUUAAUUUUAUAUUAAUAUGAUUAGUAUAUAAGUAGAAACGUAAAAUUUGCAAAACUUAAAAAUUUUAAUUGAAUGAAAAACUGAGUAUUAUAAAAUGUUAUAUUUCAAAUUAUUUUAUAUUAUAGCUAAAAUUGUGCCAAUAG